GGAUUUUUAGUGCUUCCAAGUUGAGAUUGGUCCGGAUUCUGGGACAUUGGCAACCACUAUCUCGACCACCAGGCCUUACCCUAAAUCUGCCUUAGAUCUACGUCGGACGCCACUAUGGACCAUAGCGAUAAUCACUUUGGUCAAAAGCUGCUGUACUCAAAAAUAUUUGCCUGCAACUGUAUUUCCCAACUUUGAGCAAUAAGGCAUAAAUCACAGACCACGCCUGAUUCUAGGAUUUCAAAGAAUCGUAUUCGACGCGAGGGCCACUGAAUUGCACAUAAGCUACGUCGGAGACCCCGGGGUUGAAAACAUAGUCCACAGGUGAACUAGAUGACAUGGUAGCUCUCUCAACCGUGCGUGCCCAUAAUGCAUCAUUAAAGAACCUGGGCCCGGGGCUUGUUGCUGUAUUUGUUGGCGGAACAAGUGGAAUUGGUCUGUACACAGCGCGCGAAUUUGUUCGCUACACUAUUUCCCCGACCGUCUAUCUUGUUGGACGCAAUGAGACGCAAGCACGGCAGGUUAUCCAGGAAUUGAGCCUGAUCAAUCCCAGCGGCAAAUUUCAGUUCAUCAAGACGGACGCAUCGCUCCUACGUGGUGUGGACUCAGCGUGUGAGGUGAUUCAACAGAAAGAAAGCCAGAUUAACCUUUUAUUUUUGAGCUGUGGUAUUUUUACUCUGAAGGGGAGGGAUGACACCUCCGAAGGCCUGGAUAAGAAGUUCAGCCUCCACUACUACGCCCGAAUGCGCUUCAUCAACAACCUAAUACCACAGUUAACUCAGGCCACUAGUAGCAAAAGCUCUACCAGCGCUCUGUCCCGUGUUAUAACCGUCCUAGGUGCAGGCCACGAAACAAAGAUUGACCUGGGUGAUCUUGACCUAAAACACAAAUACAGCCUUAAUAGCUGUGAUGUGCAUGCCACGACAAUGUCUUCGUUGAUAGUCGAAGGACUCGCAUCCCGAUAUCCGUCUACAACCUUUAUACAUACAUAUCCCGGGAUUGUGAAGUCAGGCAUCUCUCGCGAAGCAGGCCCAAUUGUAGGCCGUCUUGUUAGGGCUAUAAUGUUUCUAGGUCGACCGUGGAUGGUUGGUGAACAGGAGAGUGGGGAAAGACAUCUGUAUGUUGCGACGAGUGGACGGUAUCCGUGUUCGAUGUCUAGGGGACAAAGUAGGGUUGAUUCCGUGGAGAGUAGGCGGGGGGCUUAUUUGGUGAACUGGGAUGGGUCUGAAGUUGGGAAUCGGAGGCUGCUUGAUGAGUACCAUACUAGUGGUGCUGGGAGGAAGGUUUGGGAGCAUACUGAGGAGAUGUUUCAGACUGUGUUGAAAGGAGUAUAGACGUAUAUGUAGAGAUAUCGAAUAUAAAGUUUACGACAGGGUAUAGCACAUAUGAGACAUAGCAGUGCACUUAGCGGGCACUAAAUAUUGUGGUAUAUAAUUGUGAUAGCUAAUGGAAUCCCGGCUGAGCACCCCCGUAGCUCCCAUCCAAC